AUGAAAGUUCAUUAUAUUAAUAUAUUGUUGUUUGCUGUUCCAUUAAAUAUAUUGGUAACAUUAUGUCAUGCGAAUACCCACAAAAAACUAUCCACCACAACAUGUGAUAUACAAACUACCAGAUUAUUAUGCGAGUGUGAAUUAUAUAUGUCAAAUUAUGACAACGAUCCUGAAAUGAAAAGGGUGAUGCAACAAUUUCAUGAUCGUACAACACAAAGGUUUCAAGAAUACGAUGAAAGGUUGCAAGAAAAACGACAAAUAUGUAAAGAUAAAUGUGACAAGGAAAUCCAAAAAAUUAUUUUAAAAGAUAAAUUAGAAAAGGAAUUAACCGAAAAGUUCGCGACAUUACAAACUGAUAUACAUAGUGAUGCCAUUCCAACAUGUGUUUGCGAAAAGUCGAUGGCGGACAAAGUGGAAAAAGGAUGCUUGAGAUGUGGAAGUAUAUUAGGUGCGGCCAUGCCUGAAGUGGCUUCAAUAGGUGCAACGGCUUUAUAUACUUUAUGUCAAUGGCAAACUAAGGCAAUUGCUGCUGCCAUUGAAAAAGCUAUGGUUCAGGGUGCUGCUAAGGGUUUGGCUGCGGGUAAUGUCAAAGGUGUGGAAAUAGUUCUUCGUGGAUUAAGAACAUUGGGUGUAGAGGAUUUAUAUCCUGAAUUAUUGAAAUCCAUAGGUACUAAGAUACCUUAUUAUGAUAUCGCAAGAAUUGCUAAUGCUAUUAUUACAAAAAAAACUCAGAUGUGUGGGCUGACUCAAAGUCCUGCUAAUGUGCCUAUCUGCAAAACAAUCGACAUUAAGUUUAGACUAAUUCGAAUUGAUGGUCAACAUUUUUUUGAUACAACAACUGGUAUAAAAAAAGGGGUAACCCAAGUUGUUGGAAAAGCAACACAAACUGCUGAAGCCGAAGCUGCUAAGGUGAGAACGAUAACUUCUUCUAAAAUCAUAACUGAAGAGGAAGGUGUAAUAAAUACUAUAUAUAUGAGUAACCAGACUGCUAUUAUUGCUUCCAUAAUUGCAGUAGUGGUCAUAGUUUUAAUUAUGGUUAUAAUAUAUUUCAUUUUACGUUAUCGACGAAAAAAAAAAAUGAAGAAAAAACUCCAAUAUAUAAAAUUAUUAGAAGAAUAG